AUGUCCGCUGAUAUUCCGGAGGAGGAGUCCGCUGAUAUUCCGGAGGAGGAGUCCGACCCUACCAAGGAGGGGUCUGUCAUUCCGGUAGAGGACAUUGAUGCGUCGGGGGAAGACCUCGCGAUUCCAGAGGAGGACUUUGAAGUUCCAGACGGGACGUCUGAAAUUUCGGAGUCAGAAAAUUCGCAAGAAGACUACUACGAUCCGGAACACGAGUUUGAUGAUUGGGAAGAGUUUGAUGAUUGGGAAGAGUUUGACACAGACGAGUCUGAGGCGGAUGAUGGGCCUGCUACUGAGGGGGAAAGGACCGAUUUUUUAGAGGAGCCUGAAUCUCCGGUGGCAUUCCCGGAAGAUUUGGAAGGGAGCGAAACGACGGACAGGAUGCAUAUUACCCCACACGAUCUCACCGGUGACACAAACGGGAACACUGCUUCCCUACAGAACAAGUCCUACUUUGGCUCUAUUGCUAAUGCUCUUCGUGCUGCAUACGCGGGAGGACGCCCCGACGACAGGCGCAAGAAUAAGAAAGAUCGCGUGAACCCUAAGCGAACGAAGCCUACCAAGCCCAGGGUCAAGCGCACAAAGCCGAGACCCGGUCGCAAGCCAAAGAAGUCGCGCACUCGCACUCCCCCGCGUAAGAGACCCCGCAACCCCAAGAAACCACGCACUGGCACUCCCCCGCGUAAGAGACCCCGCAACCCCAAGAAACCACGCACUCGCACUCCCCCGCGUAAGAGACCCCGCAACCCUAAGAAGCCACGCACUCGCGGCCCCCCGCGUAAGAGGCCGCGCAACCCAAAGAAACCACGCACUCGCACUCCCCCGCGUAAGAGGCCGCGCAACCCCAAGAAACCACGCACUCGCACUCCCCCGCGUAAGAGGCCGCGCAACCCCAAGAAGCCACGCACUCGCACUCCCCCGCGUAAGAGGCCGCGCAACCCCAAGAAGCCACGCACUCGCACUCCCCCGCGUAAGAGGCCGCGCAACCCCAAGAAGCCACGCACUCGCACUCCCCCGCGUAAGAGGCCGCGCAACCCCAAGAAGCCACGCACUCGCACUCCCCCGCGUAAGAGACCCCGCAACCCUAAGAAGCCACGCACUCGCGGCCCCCCGCGUAAGAGGCCGCGCAACCCCAAGAAGCCACGCACUCGCACUCCCCCGCGUAAGAGACCGCGCAACCCUAAGAAGCCACGCACUCGCGCCCCCCCGCGUAAGAGGCCGCGCAACCCAAAGAAACCACGCACUCGCACUCCCCCGCGUAAGAGGCCGCGCAACCCAAAGAAACCACGCACUCGCACUCCCCCGCGUAAGAGACCCCGCAACCCCAAGAAGCCACGCACUGGCACUCCCCCGCGUAAGAGGCCGCGCAACCCAAAGAAGCCACGGACUCGCACUCCCCCGCGUAAGAGGCCGCGCAACCCAAAGAAACCACGCACUCGCACUCCCCCGCGUAAGAGGCCGCGCAACCCAAAGAAGCCGCGCACUCGCAGCCCCCCGCGUAAGAGGCCGCGCAACCCAAAGAAGCCCCGCUCCGGCGGUCGCAACCCCAGGUCCAAGCCUUCGAGGCCUCCGACCUAUACAUUUUCUGGUCAAUCAGAAACGUCAGGAGCCCCCCCUGGGAUGCCAUCCGAGUGCUCUUGCGCUCAGGUCCCCAGCCCCUCAAGCACGUGUUAUACGAUGACAGACUUCGACACAAAAGCUUGCAGAUCGCGUAAAUGCGAGCCGAAGUAUGAGUGUGUAACGAGCGAAGCCUCGAGACAGGUCGUGCAGGCACUGAACGACACGGACGGCCAGCUGAACGUGGCGCAGAGCACGCGACAGGAAGCUUCGACGCUUUGCCGACUCAAGAAGAUCAGUACCCGGUUGGUGCACAAUCGCUUGAAGGCAGGUUUCUGCCAUGAAGAGAAGGUGGAUUCCUGGGCGUACUCCCCGUACACAACGGCCUAG